AUGGCAUGUUGGGUACAGCUGAUGUUUGUGGCCAGUGCUUGGCUGGCCAUGGGGCAAGGGUUGCCCAUACGGGGGACUGAAUUCGACCUCGCAGCAGCUGUCCGCACGGCUUGUGCGAGUUCCAGCCCGGCUCGGAUCGAUAUUCCUGCCGGUCGCCACGUUCUCCAGACCCCGAUCGAGAUCAACCAAACAUGCAGCGCGGCCAGCCUAUCUCUCGUGGGCGAGGCGGGCGCAAUCGUGGACGGUGGCAUCGCACUUGGGGCCUGGUCACCCCAGCCGAAUCAACCCGGCAUCUUUACAGCCAGUGUGCCGCCGUCCUACCCUGGUCAGGCCCUCCAGCUUUGGAUCGGGGAUGAGCGCAUUCCGCUGGCUCGAUCACCCACAAUGAUCUGGGAGCAGAUUGCCAUGGUGGUGUACGAGUCGUGGACAGCCUCUGUGCAUCAGAUCGCCCACAUUGACGCUUCCAAUAACAACAUCUCCGUCAUCAACCCGAUUCCGUCCCGGUGGCUCUCCGGCGGCACGUCGGGCGCGAGUGGCCAGCGCUACUACGUGCAGAACGCACGCGAGUAUGUCGUGGCGGGCUCGGGGUACUUUUUCCACGACGCCACCCAGGGGUUGAUCUUCUACGCACCCAUUGACGGUGCCGCGCCCCAGGUCACCGGUUACGUGGCCCUGUUACCAAGCCUGCUCAGCGUGAGCCAGUUUGCCCACCUGAAUGUGAGCAACGUCAUCUUUGAACACAAUCGUGCCGACCUUGGCCUUUGCUUCCAGUCAACGUGCUCCUCGCAGGCUGGGGAUGGUCGAUAUGGCCUGCUGCAAUUUGCUCACGCGCAAGACGUUAAUUUGAACAACAUCACCGUCCGUCACGCGGGAAGUUACGGGGUGGCCUUUUUUGGUGGCUGCGUGGAUGUGGCCUUGACGCAUUCCAAAGUGCACGAUGUGGGCUUUGGUGCGGUUCGUGCCGGCGCCGCUGCCGGUGGCGUGCCGGCGCCCACCGAUCCAGCGGCCACCGGUGUCAUUAUCACCGACAACAACUUUUUUGACGGUUCCCACAUCAUCCGUGAUGGCUUGGUGGUCAAAGGACAAGCGAUUAACGUGGCUGAAUCGGUGUCUUGUUGCUCCUUUGCCGUGCGCCGUAGGGCCGGUUGUGGUGUGCUCAUGCAGGCAGCCAACAACAGUCGGGUCUCACACAACAUGAUCCGCGACUUUGACUAUACUGGCGUGAGCAUUGGUUGGACCUGGAACUACAUCCCCACCGGUAAAAAGGACCUCUUGGGCUUUCCUCAACCCCAAGGCGAAUGUGUGCUAGGGCCUUAUGCUGAUCUUUUGCCCUGCGUGCGCUUAGCCAACACCAAUAACAUUGUGAGCUACAAUCACAUUGAGAACAUUGGUCGGCGGCAGCUGAGUGACAUGGGCUGUGUGUAUCAUCUGGGCGAGUCGCCUGGGACAGUUAUCAGCAACAACGUUUGCAUCAACGUCACGAGCUUCAACUACGGGGGCUGGGGCUACUACUUGGACCGCAAGUCAAUGCCCCCUGCCGUGGCUGUUUUGAUUGCGUUCUUUUCUCCUCCUGCCUGA